GUAGGGAGGGGGUAGCUGUGUGUGUGUGUGUGACUGUGUGAGUGUAGUAGUAGUAGUAGAGAAGCUCGGUACACACACAAUCUUUGAUCAGUUGUAGAUCAAAAUGAUGUCUCUGGCGAGUCUUUUGCCUGCGCCGUCGCAGCCGGUGUGGGACAGAGAUGACGCCAGGGCCAAGGCACCCCCUUCCUCUGCUGCUGGAGCCCUUAUGUCGGCUCAAUGGACUGCUCCUCCCUACGGUCAGCGAAGAGGUUGGAUUCCUCGCACAGAACAGGAUUAUGGAGAUGGAGGUGCAUUUCCGGAGAUUACCGUUGCUCAGUAUCCUCUCAAUAUGGGGCGUGAAGGAAAGGAGAGCACUUCUAACGCCCUGGCUGUUCAAUUGGAUGCAACAGGAAAAAUUAAAUAUGAUGUUCUUGCAAGACAGGGUCAUUCUAAAGAUAAGAUCAUUUAUUCUAAACUGUCAGACUUGCUGCCAGCAGAGGUAAUGGCUGAAGAUGAUCCAGCACUUGAAAGGCCUGAUGCUGAAGAACUAGAAGAAAUUACUGAUCGAACGCGUCAGGCUCUGGAAAGACUGACACAAACCAAAAUUGCUGCUGCCAUGCCUGUGAGGUGUGCUGAAAAAACUGCACCGGCCCAAUAUAUUCGUUAUACUCCUUCACAACAAGGUACUGCCUUUAACUCAGGGGCCAAGCAAAGAGUAAUCAGAAUGGUGGAAGCUCAGAAAGAUCCUAUUGAACCGCCUAAAUUCAAAAUCAACAAAAAAAUUCCUCGAGGGCCACCGUCACCCCCUGCGCCUGUCAUGCACUCUCCUACCAGAAAAGUUACUGUGAAGGAGCAGAAAGAGUGGAAGAUUCCUCCAUGCAUAUCAAACUGGAAAAACGCCAAGGGUUAUACCAUACCUCUUGAUAAACGUCUAGCAGCUGAUGGAAGAGGUUUGCAACAAGUUCAUAUUAAUGAAAAUUUUGCCAAGUUGGCAGAAUCUCUCUAUAUUGCUGACAGAAAGGCCAGAGAAGCUGUUGAAAUGCGAGCUCAACUGGAAAAGAAACUUGCACAGAAAGAAAAAGAGAAGAAAGAGGAGCACCUUAGAGCAUUGGCUCAGAAAGCUCGUGAAGAACGUGCUGGUAUUCGCACUUCCAAUGCUGUUGACAAAGAUGAAGAAGCAAGAGAGAGAGAUCAACUGCGUGCUGAACGUCACAAGGAAAGGCAACGAGACCGCAAUCUUGCACGUGCUGCUCCUGACAAGAGGUCGAAGCUUCAACGAGAACGUGAACGUGACAUCAGUGAGCAAAUUGCUUUGGGUAUGCCUGCUAAGUCUAUUGCUGGUGGUGAGGCUCAAUUUGAUCAGCGCCUCUUCAAUACCAGCAAAGGAAUGGACUCAGGCUAUGCUGAUGAUGAAGCGUACAAUGUCUAUGAUAAACCAUGGCGUGAAGGGUCAAAUCUUGGACAACAUUUGUACCGCCCCAGCAAAAACGUGGAUAAGGAAGUGUAUGGUGAUGAUUUAGAUACGCUCAUCAAAACAAACCGAUUUGUGCCUGACAAGGAGUUCAGUGGCACAGACCGAAAUGCUACUAGGAGUGGUCCUGUCCAAUUUGAAAAGGAAGAAGAGGAUCCAUUUGGUCUGGAGCGGUUCCUCACAGAAGCGAAGAGGGCUAGUAAACGUCCUAAAGAAGACCGCAGAAAGGAUGAUAGGAAAGACGACAGGAAAGAUGAUAAAGAUAAAAGGCGGAGGAAGGAUUAACAUUCAGAAACAAUGUUGGUUUAUUAAUGUAAGUUUUACCACUGUUGAGUGUGUAUGCUUUUUUUUUUGUACAUAUGGAAUUACUAGUAUCCUUUUACUUUUAGCUGCUAUUUGUAAAUAGUUUUGUUGUACCUCAUUGGAAAUUUGGUUUUCCAGACUAAAUAUAGGGAGGAAUAAAAAAAGAGAACUUUUAUAUGAA